GUGACUACUGGUGACAAAAAAUGCAUUCAUGAAAUUCGUAUUUGCAAUAAAAGUUUAUGGUUGCACGCAGCUGAUCAAGAUUUGUGUAAGACUUUGGUUGUUUUGAUUUUAGUUUCAGCCAUGGAGAUAUUCAAUAUAUUGUGUCUACUGACUUUGAAUUAUUUUGCAACGGACGCAUAUAUGAGAGUUGAAAGAGCAGCCAAUUGUCCGGGGAUUACCGACUUCCCUGGGAGAGUGAAAUACAGAAGAAAAGGAACAAGAGCCGUUUUUAAGUGUCCAAAGAAGUUUGACCGGUACGGCUCGAAAUUUGCCACGUGUCAGUCAGAUGGGACUUGGAGUAACGACCCUCCACUAUGCAUCAAAACUGGCUGUGUACCACUCGACCCGAGUCAGGUAACCAAUCUAGAUAUGGAGGUUGUAAACGGUGCUCUAGUAAAAUUCACCUGUUUGGCGGGAUAUUUGCUUAUAGGGGAGACACAGGCUUAUUGUAAUGGCAAAGACUGGAGUGCUCCCUUACCAAGAUGUGCCGCACCACAUGAGCUAACAGAAUGUGACUUUGAAGAGGAUUUAUGUGGAUGGACACAAGAUGACGAUGAAGAACAAGAUUGGAUUAGACAAAUGGGACCAACGCAAACCGGAAAUACGGGACCAAAACAUGACCAUACCUUAGGCGACUCGGGAAAUGGUCACUACCUUUAUUUUGAGACAUCAAAUCCAACAAUGGCCGGGCACAAAGCCAACCUACUUUCACCAGUGUAUACGGCGGAUCUCAGUCCCAUGUGCUUUGACUUCUGGUAUCAUAUUCUUGGCCCUGAGGAAAAUGGGCACGUUGGAUCCCUCGAAGUGUUCAUCUUAGACCAGUCACAAUUUAUUGACGAUGACGAUGUCCAACCAGUAUUCGUUAAAGAAGGAAACCAGGGAGACAUGUGGCAUAGGGGCGACAUAUUUAUCGAUACACAACCGGAACCAUACCAGAUUGCAAUAGUUGCUACAAGGGCUCUAAGCUACAUCAGUGACAUUGCUUUUGAUGAUGUUCGGUUGUACAACUGCACUCAAAGCACAACUUCUACGCCAAGAACAGAAACGACACCAACAAUCACUACCACUACGUCAACAACCUCAACAGGAAGCACAACAACUACCGUGAAGAAAACAGUAACUUCGUCGGCGACGCCUGUAAUCACUAAAACAACAAAAACAAUAACAACAACAGAAUCGCCAACGAAGACAACAAUAAAGACAGAAACAGUUACUGAAUCGCCAACAACAACAACCAAGAGUACAACCAUUACCGAAUCACCGACAUCAACUGCCACAAAAACAACAACUGUCAAACCAAGUUCAUCAACGAAAAAGCCAACACCUGUUGCAACAUCAAAGCAAACAACUGAAGCGACUACAAAUACAAGUCCAAACACAAACACUUGGAGUUCCGUUUUUACUAAGACCACAAUGAUAACACCAAAAAGUACAAAGCUUUCCACUAAAACUACAACAACUGCACCAACGGAAACGACUGAAAAGACCAAAACUUCCAAGCCAAAGACUUCAGCAAACACAAGCAAGUCAACAUAUGCCUCCUCUUCUUCAACGACUAGCAGGACAGUAACAAGUGCGUCCCCUGUAUCAUCACAAACCUCUUCUAAAUCAACCGUGACAACGUCCUUUAAGACAUCCACGGCCACACCAAAGUCCGAGCACAAAUCAACGGUAAAAACUUCUAUAAAGUCGUCAGGUACACCAAUAACAACUUCUACCAAAACAACGACAUUUUCAGAAAGAACUACAGAAUCCCCAGUUAAAACAGAUGCAUCCACAAGAAAUUCAGCAAGAUCUUCAACUUCAAGCACAGUGUCAACCAGAUCUUCAUCCUCUUUUUCUUCUUCAUCCAGUAGCAGUAGCAGUAGUUUUAGUUCUAGUUCAAGUUCUAGUACAACUUCUUCGACCACAAGAAAAGCAUCUGCUGAAAGUAAGACGGGAGGAAACAAACAACAGACAACAUCACCAAAUUAUAAUACAAAAACUAAAGUCAGUAAAGAUUCUAGCGAAGCUACCAAAACUGUUAAACCAACCAAAAGAACGAGUGCUUUAACAACCAAGUCACAGAAAUCUAGCAAUACAUCUAUAGACAAUUCCAUUUCAGUAUCUGAAGGCAGAUCUCAACACCCCGAAGACGAUACACUAAAACCAUUAAUGAUUGGACUAUGUGUCGGCAUUGUUGCAGGCUUAAUCAUUAUUGGCGUGAUCGCUUACGUGUGUGUUCGCCGUCGUAAGUUUUACACGAGUAGAUACGAAGAUGAACUGAAACCUAUAACAAAUUCAGCUUCCCUUCAAAGUCUGAAUAAUGGACACUAUUACCAAGACGAAGAAUAUGAGUCUGAAUCAUGAGUGCUUUGGUAAGGUCAUGAGUGAUUGGUAUUAUGGUAAGAACAUAGGUUAUGGAUGUUUUUGGUGAGAUUAUGAGUGGUGAGUGUUUUGGUACGGUCAUGCGUGUUUUGAGUAGUUCAUAAGUGUCUGGUAUGGGGCAUCAGUGUUUUGACAAGGUGAGGAGUGUUUUGGUAAGGAUAGUGUAGCUACUUUGCUUUGCCUUAUUUUUUAUGAGUAAGAUUUGUAAUGAUAGCAAAGUAGAUAUUAUAUUUUAACUUCGAUGCGUUCUUUAAUUUGUACUUGUUUUUGUUCAUUCUGCAUGAAAAAAUUGAACCACAUUUUGCAAAAUUUGAUGUAGCUUUCAGCUGAAUUGUUGACUUUGUUCGCAUGUAUGAACUCUUAUUUAAUUUAUUAAGCCGUUUCGCUGAGAUAGUUGUAGUUAAAUGAUGUUUGUAUUUACUCCACUAUUUCAACUCUUGGUCUGGCUUUUACUGCACAACGGCAUAGUGUUUUAGACGUACUUUAAGUGUUUGUCUUGGGUAAGAUGAUGAGUUUUUAGAAACUUAUAUAAAAUCCUCCUUUUUAGAUACCAAAUUAAAUUAGAUAUUUUUCAGGCCAUGUAUUGCUUUUGCUUAUAGCUUGAAUGGUUUGGUAUGGCUUAAACAUUUCCCCCUCAAAUGAGUUUAGCUCUAUAGCUUGCGAUUGAAUUGUUUAGCGGCUUUAAAAUGUAUGUUGUAAUUUUGAUCUCCCUCUAACGGUUGAAUGUCAUAAUGUUGUUUAGUUUUCCACUUGAUUGAAUCAAAUGCUAUGCUAGACGUAGCUUUUCUUUGGUGACAAGUUAAAUUAGUGAUGUUUUGCUUUUGUAGAUUGCAUGUAAAUGAUUAUUUUCCAUUAUGGAACUAUGAACUUGAAUAUUGUAAAAUCACAUGACAUUUACAUCUAUUUGAAUGAUUAAAUGAUCUGCAUGAGUAUCUGUGAGAUUGACAUCGACUGAACUAUUCCUUGAUUACAGCAUUGUCACAGUCUUGUAACGAAGCAGAUGCUACCAUAGACAUUACUACAUUCUUCUCGCAAACCACAAUGCUUAAAUGAAAUUACACCUUUUAGUGUUUGCUUGCAUGAUAGAGGUUUUCGUCGUUACAAACAAGUCCUUGAUGAAUUUGAGCAAUUUGAACUUUAAGUGCUUGAAAGUGCUUGACGAAUUUAAGCAAUUUGAACUUUAAGUGCUUGGAAGUGCUUGAUGAAUUUUAGCAAUUUGAACUUUAAGAGCUUUAUCUAAAACAAGUUUUAAGUGCUUUAUUUUAAUAAUGUUUUAUAUGAAUAAAGCAUGAUAGGAAAUGUUUAUACAGAAAAACAGAAUCUAAUGUUAGGUAAGCAAACUAGCAUUUCAUGUUUCAGGAAAAAAUAAUAACAAUAUAUUUUUCACCUGUUAAACUAUUGCAUAUAUUGUUCACUAGACGAUAUAUGUAAAGGAUAAUUGUUUGUUUCUCGUGAAUAUAGAAUAUAUCUCUCCGAGAAGUCAGACAUGUUUUUUUUGCAUUUUUUUAAAAAUCUGAAUAUUGCUUCACUUUCAGGUGAGAUAUAUUCCAUAUUCACGGGAAACAAGUAAUUUUAUUUGUUUAUUUGCUUUGCAAUAUGCAUAUUUCAACAUAUUUUAUUCUUACCGUGAGAAAUGGACGUCAGACAUUUUGUGGCAUUAUUUGAACACGUGAAAAAAGAUAUUUUUUAAAGUUCGAUUUCAUUUAUUAUUAACAGCAUAACGUUAUCGGCAUAAAACUCUCGUCAAAAAAACGUCAUUUGCAUCGAGAAAUAUGAUAUUUAGGAUAAAACGUGCCUACAUUUUUCGUCACGGUUGACGCGUAAAAUUAGAAUUUAAUAUAGGUGUCUCCAUAGCGGAGUGGUUAUUGUAACAGUUGCUCACUUUAAAUCACCUGCCUCUAACUCAUGUUGGUUCGAGCCUCACAUAGGUUGUAGAGUUAUUCACGUGAGGAAGCCAUCAAGCAGGCGUACGCAAGUUCGCUGAUUCUACAUAGGAGGGGCAUAAAACAACAAAAUUGAGUGCCGUUGUGAGAAAACCAGCAUCAAGAAUUUGCAACCAGUUGAUCCAGAUCAGGUGUCGUAUAUGGAUCCAUAAUACUCCCAUUUCAUUUGCAUGUAUGAAUGUGGGAUAAAUUAACAGUAUGCUUGUGUACUGAUCUGGUCGCAAAGAUCUGACGUUGGAAUUUUCGUACAGCUGCGCUCAUUUGUUAAUUGAAUGUAAUGGUAUUUCCCAAUUAAAUUUGGUUAUGUUGAUUAAAACUGGCGUUUCUAGUUAGUUUGAAUAUUUGGGUUGUCAGUGACAACUUUGAAAAAUGUAAAUAAUAUGACACUAUGUGCCAAAUGUUCUUUGUUUGAAAUUUUAUCAAGUAACUGUUAGCAAGAGCGUGAACAGUAUAUCAUAUUUAUGCUCAUUGUUUAUAAGGUGUAAUUAAUUUAUAGUAUUUACAUUCACUAAAUGUUUGUACAGAACGAGAAAAAAUGUUUAUUUCCGUGUUUACAAUAUUUGUAUAAUAUCUUGGGCAACUCUUUCCACCAGGUUGCACGCGCUAUGUGACGUCCUUCAAAAUGGUGCCGUUGUAUAAAAAUCGGCAAGCAAAAUUUUAAACAGAACGCUAAUUAAUCCACACAACUUGGUGAUGAAAUAUCUUGAAUUUUUAGUUAAAACCAGGAUCUGUCUGGAUCAGACCGCGAACUGCGACUUAGUGUUAGUGUCACAUUUACUGUUGUUUUCUCUAGAUGCUGUAAAGCCCGACAUUUCUUUUUAUGGAAAUAAAAAACUUCUUGUAAACCACCUAAGAAUUACUAGCGCUAUUCGUAGAUUUGAAAGAAAUCCCAAGAUGGUUUAUACCCGUCUGUACGCACAAAAAUAACAUUUAUUUUCUUUAAUUAUAUUGCAUUGCUUCUUGUCUGCGUCUUCGAUUUCAGAUUUUUUAAAAAUGCCAUGUUUAAUGCAAUUAUAUUUAUAAGCUUUUUACAAAUACUUUAUAUACUUUAUCUAAAUAAGCCGCGCCAUGAGAAAACCAACAUAGUGGUUUUGCGCAGUCUGGUCAGGAUCCAUGCUGUUCGCUAACGGUUUCUGUAAUUGCGAUAUGCUUUGAAAGCGAACAGCAAGGAUCCGGACCAGACUGCGCGGAAGCGGAAGCGCAGGCUGGUCUGGAUCCAUGCUGGUCGCAAAACCACUAUGUUGGUUUUCUGAUUGUGCGGAUCAAAGUACUACACAGUUGUUUGUAUAAAAUCAAUAAACUUUUAUAUAGUUUUAAACAAAUGUCAUUAAUGUAAAUGAAUUCAUUUCCAUGUUAUGAUUAUGUAAUAUGUAUAUAUUAAAUACUAAAUUAAGAAAG